AUGGCUACACUGAUGACCAUGGGAGGAGCUGAGAAUCAGUGGGCCAAGCUGUUGCCAGAGGUACAACGACUGCUGAACAACAGUGAGACUAAGGUAACUGGAAAGACCCCCUUUGAGAUGUUACAUGGGUACCGUCCAAGGUUCCUACAAAGUGCUCUACGUGUUCUGUCAGCCACUGAGGAUAACUGGACACCGCCAGCAGAGUUGCAAGCACGCGUCCGUGAGAAUAUGGAACUGAUAAGUGGUCGAAGGAAGGCUGCUUAUGAUUCACAUAGACAUGACAAUACUCAUUAUGCAGUAGGAGAAGUGGUGGUCAUGAGAAGGGAUCCCAAUUCAACUGGUGAGUCUACGAAGUUGCAGGACAAAUACCGAGGGUCAUUGGUGGUAACUGAGGUGCUGUCCUCAGACGUGUACCGGGUAGCAGAACUAGAUGCGAGCAAGAAAAGUCGGUUAGCCACGACUGCCCACGUCUCGCAGUUGAAGUCUUGGAGGUUACCGGUUGAUGACGAUGCUGAAGGGGAACUGGAGGAGCCAGAGAGAGGGCAAUCGGAGACUGAGGACCAAAACCCGGCAGAUCCACAAAUACCUGAAGUACCUGAGACUGUAGGAAGACGCUCACAGCGAGUGAUGCGUAGACCUGACUGGUUAAGAGAUUACUCCUGUAAGGUAAUUGAAAAUUUGUAUUAUCAUUAUUAUUAUGUAGUUCCUUUAUAUUGCUAUUGUGGUUACUAUUAA